ACCAAGAAUAAAAUUAAAUAAAUAAAAAUAAAUAAUUGGCCCGAUAGUCUUCAUUGACCCAAGAGAAACCGCGUGCUCGCCUCGCAACUACACGGUUUCCAACUUCUGUCUCUUUCUUUCUGUGUCUCUUUUCUGAGGCUGUUAGCUUUGCUUCAUAUUGUUGGUCUUACCAAUUCUCUCUGGCUAACAUGGUCCAAAUUGACCUGUUUGCUUAGAUGAUCCAAAUUAACACCAUGUUUGACUAUCCAAAUUUAUCCAGUUGCUCUGAAACUUGUUCUGCUGCAUUAUAUGCCUUCAACGCCCCUAAGUUUCCAAAUUUCAAUUUCAAUCUUUGUGAUUUUUCAAGCCAUUUAUGAUCAGUUGAGUGCUUUGAUUUUUGAAUAUUUAAUUAGCGAAGUUCUUGUUUCAUUGAGUAGUAUUUACAGCAGAAGCAGCAGAUUUCCAAUGGCGUUGAGCACCCAAAGAGCCUCUGCCUUUCUUCCUUCAGCUGAUCAGUCGGCUCCUCCUCAAUGGAACUACGAUGUGUUUUUAAGUUUCAGGGGUGUAGACACUCGAAAUAGCUUUUUAUCCCAUUUAUACCACGAAUUACAGCACAGGUGCAUCAAAACAUUCAUGGAUGAUCCAAAGCUUGAAAGAGGGACAACUAUUUCUUCUGAGCUCUUCAAAGCAAUCCAAGAAUCAAGGCUUGCAAUCGUUGUUCUCUCGCCAAACUAUGCUUCUUCUUCCUGGUGCUUGGAUGAACUUACAAAUAAUCUCCAAUGCAUGAAAUCCAACGACACAGUUCUGCCUAUGUUUUUUAAUGUGGAUCCCUCCGAUGUGCGAAUACAAAGUGGCAUUUUUGCAGGCGCGUUCGCCGAGCAUGAGAAAAGGUUUAGGGAAGAUAUAGAAAAGGUGAAGCGCUGGAGAGCUGCUUUAACAGAAGUUGCCAAUUUAUCUGGGUUCAAUUCAAAAAAUGAAUAAGCAACUUCUCCAUAUAUACUUG